ACAAGAACUGAAAAAUAAUUUUUGGUUGCCAGUAUACCUGUAGUCGUUGCACUGAUCAGUCGAUAGUUUUGUGAUAAAUUAUUUCUCAAGUGAAUUAAAUUAUUAACCAUGGGACGUGAUUCUAGAAAGGUUUCAAGAGAACUUCGGAGUUCUGAAAAAAUUAAUAAGUCGCGUUCAGUCAAAAGAAAGAAUGUUUUUAAUCCGAAAACAGCCGAACGUGAUGAAAGUAUUCAGAGUACAUCUUCUAAAAAAUUAAAACAAAACACUGAAGAUGAUGUACCUGAAGACAGCAGUACUGAAUUUCGAAUAAUAAAUUUUAUUCAGGUAUUCACUGCAAUUUCUGCUCUUAUAAAAUGUAAAAAAUGUGAUGGAAAUGUAGUGUUUCAAACAGCAAGUACACGUGGGCUGGGAUUCAAAAUUGUAGUUGCAUGUAAUAACUGUGGAAAUGAAUAUAUUCCUUCCUGUUCUUUCGUUGGGCAUUCUUAUGAAAUAAACAGACGUUUCAUUUUUGUAAUGAGAAUACUAGGAAUAGGAUACGAAGGAUUGUGCAAGUUUUGCGGCCUGAUGGACAUGCCGUCUUUUUUAGAUAAAUCUACGCAUACAAUUUUACUGAAACAGAUUUUGAAUUGUAGUAAAGCCGUCGCAGAAACCUUCAUGACGAAAGCUGUGAAUGAAGAAAAGCAAGCAAUGCCAACAACUGAAAAUGAAGAUAUAAAUCAUCUAACUGUAUCGGGAGAUGGAACCUGGCAAAAACGGGGAUAUACAUCGUCAUUUGGAGUUUCUUCUAUAAUUGGCUAUUUUACUGGAAAGAUUCUUGACAUAAACAUUAAAAGUGCAUAUUGUAAGCUAUGUGAGUAUUGGAAAAAAAAAACAAAUACUGUUGAGUUCGAGGAAUGGUAUCAAUCGCAUGAAGAUGUGUGUUCUGCUAAUCAUCAAGGGUCUUCUGGGAAAAUGGAGGUGGAUGCGAUGGUCGAAAUGUUUUCGUAUUCUGAAACUAAAUAUGGAGUUAAGUAUGCCAACUAUAUUGGUGAUGGUGACUCCAAGACCUAUUCAGGAAUUAUAAAAUCAGAUCCUUACGAAAAUACAACUGUAAAUAAAAAGGAAUGUAUAGGGCAUGUCCAAAAGCGGAUGGGGAGUCGAUUACGUACGCUGAAGAGUAAACAAAAAGGUCUUGGUGGUCGAGGUAAGCUCACAGGAAAAUUAAUAGACAAACUAACUGUGUACUAUGGUUUAGCAAUACGCCGGCAUUGUGAUUCUAUUGAAAAUAUGAAAUCUGCUAUAAUGGCAACCUUUUAUCACUACGGCUCGAGUGAUGAAAAACCGAAUCAUGAUAUGUGUCCAAAAGGCGAAGAAUCUUGGUGCUCUUACCAGCGCGCUGAAGCAAGAGGAGAGCUUGAUACCUUUUCUCACGAUUAUUCUCCUUUACCUUCUGAUGUUUUAAAAGCUAUCAAGCCUAUAUACGAAGAUCUUAGUAAUGAAAAUUUACUUUCAAGAUGUGUAGGUGGAUUCAAUCAGAAUAAUAAUGAAAGCUUUAACCAACUAGUAUGGAAAAUAUGCCCAAAAACGUCUUGAUGAAUACACUAGGACUUAAUUGUGGGCCUAAUUCUCAUCGGUAUGCAGAAAGAAUGGAUGCUGCACGUAUCAAAGUAGCAGAUAAGCGCGCUAAUGAUAACACCCGAGAAGGUCGAUUGCAACGUAGGCACCAGCAAAUCGAUAUUUUGGAAGCUGCUAUGUCGGCUGAAGAGCUAUUAUAUGGUCCAGGAAUAGAUGACUCAGUAUGAAUCUCCAAGGACUUAUGAUGAUCACCGCAAAGGACUUCGGGAGGAACGGGCUCUACAAAAACAGCGAUAACUUUUUGAAUUAUUAAUUUUUUUUUUUGAAAUUUUCGUGAAGUCAAAUCGAAACGUGUUCUAAUAAAGCUAUGUUUUUAUUUUUGUCAAAUAAAGUAAUUAACUACAAAAAAAAAAUUAUUGAAAAUCAUCAUU